UUUGAUAGUUUUUGCACUCCUGCUGGUUCCGGUCCAAUUUUGGGAACCGCAAUCAGUCUUUGGCGCUAAAACCAAUCUGGGUUCAUUUUCAUUUUUCAUUUUCACGAAAUUUGGCGCUUGAAAUUUGUGGGUUUUCUUUAAAAAUACCCUAAAAAAUGAAUCUUUAGCCCCCCUCUCUCAAUUUAUCCAUCAAUCUCUCUAUCCCUAUCAGAAAUGGGUAACAAUGAGAAUGAAUUUGGGAAAACAAUCUGUACAAUCUGUUACGAAGAUCUAAAACCACUGAUUGAAGAUCUACAAGCAAUAUCCAUCUGUGGUCAUGUCUUCCACGAGCUCUGUUUACAGCAAUGGUUAGAAUACUGUGAUGGUAAGAAACAAACAUGUCCAGUAUGUAAACAAAAAUGUUGUCAACAGAAUAUUGGGCGUCUUUAUUUUCAAUCGGUUGGGGAUCCAGCUGAUUUGAUUCAGAAAAAAGGUAGUAAAAUUCGUUUUGAAGAAGAAGAUCCUAGGGUUUUGCGUGCGGAAGUAAAGAAAUUAGAAGAUAAGAUUUUAGGGAUUACGGAAUCUUUGGAGCGGAAAGAGAAGGAAUUGAAAGAUACUAAUGAACAGCUUUGUGUAAGUAAGGCGGAGACGAAGAGAGAAAUGGGUUUGAAGAAUGAAGCAUUGAAAGAAAGGGAGGUGUAUCGGACUAUGCUUAGAACAACUUCUGAGGAACUCUCCAAAGCGGAAUCGGAGUGUGCGAGGCUCCAACAGAGAAGUUUGGGAUUAGCUAAAGAAGUUGCAGCUCUGAAAUUGGUAUCGGAUGUAAACCUGGAGGAAGAAGAGGUUUUGAAGCUAGCUUCAUUUAGUACCGGAAAUAGCAACAAGGACACAAUAGAUGUUCUAAAGAAAUCUCUUGUCCUCCGUAACAAGAGCUACAAAGAGUUGAUGGUCCAGUGUAACCUUCUAGGAAGAGGUGAAACCCGGUCUCAUAAAAAGCUUGAGAAGACGAAAGAAAAAAUGAACAAGCUGAAGUCUCGAGUGCUUGAGCUGGAGUUGGCCUUGGAACAAAAGGAAAAUGAAGUAUUACGUGCAUUAAAAGCUUCCAAGAGAACUCCCCCUGAAGAGGUUGAUUUAAGCAGUGCCAAGAGAACUUCUCGUGAAGAGGUUGAUUUAAGCAGUGCCAAGAGAAUUUCCCGCGAAGAGGUUGAUUUAAACAGUGCCAAAAGGACGUCCUUCUCGUCCUUUAACAAAUGUUCAUUUGACGAGAAGAUAGAGCAGUCUGCUGAACCUCUGCUGAAGUCAGAUGAAAUUGGUGCUGCUGAUUUUUUCAAAGAGUCGGGUGUUAACUCCAAGAAGGAUACUGAUAUAGUCGAUAUUGAUCCAGAGUUAGGUUUUAGCACUAUCCAGAACUCUGCUGAACUUGCCCCAGCUUUUCCUGCAACCUUAUCUGCUUUUCUUAAGCCUCAAAUGAAGGCCAGUAAAACUCUUGAAGAGUCCCGCUUUUCAAGUUUGAAGUCAGCUAUUGACACUAAAAAAAGAGAUCCAGUUCAGGGGCAAAGUAGUGUGUUCUUAAGUUCAGCUGUUGAUGUUAUGGACGAGGAUGUCGUGCAGUGUGGACAGAGAAGUUCAGAUCCAGAGGUAGUAAUCCUCGAUGAAGUUACAGAGGAUCCACUUUUACGUCGUGUUCGAAAUGAAGCUUCUUGUUCUGCCCCAACCUCCUCUGUAGGAGAUCAAUGUUUUUCUGGUGGACUUGUUGGGCCUGAUGGAACCAACAGAUACUUGGGGAAAUGGUGCAAGCGUACUCAGUUGGGUACUUCUGUACCAUCAUCAAACGCAAGUCUCGGUAGUUUAAUUUCAGUUGGAGCCGAUGGAAGAGGUGGUAGGAUUAAAGUUUUGAGAUCUCAAAACCAGUCGGAAACUGUGGUGACUCCAGCUUUUCCAAAGAGAUCCAAAAUUGGAGGUAAACAAAGUGGACAACAGGCUCAAGGAUGCUUGCAAAUAGAGCAUUUCUUUCGAAAAGCUAAUCGGUCAUAAAUAUAUGCGUAGUUUUUGUAACUUCAAUUUGCAUUUUUGAGAUUCCAUGAUGUAGUAGUUUCACAGGAUAUGUGAUUAGCCAGAAGGAUGAAGUUUUUUGUUUAAUAUUCGUCUUCCAACAGAAACUGUGAUUCACAUUGAGGUUAAAGCUUUAGAAGAGUUUGAAGAAGAUUGACUGUUCGGGUUUCUUUGCACUGGCUCCAUGUCUAUAAAAAUGUGCUGCAAUGGACUUUAAUAUUUUUCA